AUGGAGCUAUCAGUUUAUUACGUAGCGUUGGUCUAUUCAAGACACAGAACACUUACCCAGCUCCCCCCCCCAAUUAUAAUAAAGAUGCCGCUGUGGGAAUUAGCACAAGAAGCCGGACCUUUUGUAAGGCUGGCUGGGUUAAGUGGAGCUGCCGCAGUAGUUCUUGGCGCUAUGGGCGCUCAUCGCACGUUUCCUGAGCCUGAAACUAAAGAAGACUUAAGAAAGAUUUUCGAUACAGCAAAUCGCUUUCAUUUCUUACAUACUCUUGCACUUGUCACAGUGCCUUUAUGCAGGCGACCUGCAAUUGCAGGAGCUUUCUUCGUAACUGGAAUGGGGUUGUUUUGUGGCACCUGUUACUACCAUGCAUUCACCGGUGACCGCAGUUUACGGAGGCUCACUCCUAUUGGUGGCUCUUGUCUUAUACUUGGAUGGCUUGCGAUGGUGCUGUAA